GCAUCAGGUGAUUUAUUGCGCCUUAAAAGCACAUGGAAUAGAUAUUUAUUUGAAAACGUUAUCCCAGUGGCAUGGAAAAAACUUUUAUCACAAGUAAAAGAAGAUGUAUCAUAUGAACAAAUCUAUACUCUUUGGCCAAUACCUGCGGAUGGAUCUUAUCGAGAAUUAGAUGAAAAAGAUUGUCUAUGGUUCAAUCUUUUACAGAAUGUUAUUAAUCAACUUGAUCCUAGUCUUUAUGUUUUUCGUGGUCCAUCAAAAUAUUUAUCAAUUAAAGAUGGAUAUUUAAACGACAAGAAAUUUGAUAAAUUUACAGUUCUAUCAGAAAUAUUAACCAGAUUAGAAUUUCCAAUCUUUGUAAAUAUUCCGGAACCAAUAAUCACCCAAUUGGAACAAGAUAUUUCGAAACAUAAAAAACUUUUGAAUUAUGUUACUCCAGAAAAAGUCUGUGAAUUUAUUCUUGAAAAUUUGAACGGAUUAAAUAAUCUUGAUCGUCAAGAAAAAUUGAUUUUAUUGGAAUAUGUUCUCAAAGUUAAUGAUAUCUCUAAACUUUAUGGUCUUCCUUUGCUACCACUUGAAAAUCAAACCUUUACUACUUUUGAAUCUCAAACCCGGAGUAAAUUUUACAUUGCUUGUAAAGAUGAACAUACUCUUAUUAAUGAAGAUUAUCUAGGAGAAAUAGUUGAUACGACAAUCGGGAAUGAACUUUUAUCAAUAUUGCAAAGUUAUGCAACAAAUAAAAAGAAUAUCAAUAUACAAACUCUUUCAGAUAUUGAUUUUGCCGAAUUUCUUAAAAAAUCAUUAAAUAAAUAUAAAAUAUAUUCUGAAAAUUCUCAAGACAUUCGAGAAUUGCAAAUAGAAACAAAUCAGAUGCAAUGGAUAUAUAAAAUUUGGAAUCAUUUAAAAUUGACUGAAAGAAAUUUACAAAACUUUUCAGAUGUUUAUCUUUUACUUAUCGAAAAUAAUAAUGAUGUUAUUACCCUGAGAAAAUUAAAAGAAACACCAAAAUGUUUAUGUCGUCCAUUACGCGUUUCAACUUCAUUGUUGCAAAAUUUAAUUUCUCCAUUGAAAUCGUUGGGGUCAACCUUUGUCGAUAUCAAGUUUGAAAAACAAGUAAUUUCUAAAUAUGAAGGCCUUAGAGAUUAUGUGAUUGAGAUUAGUAAUAUUACGGAUGUCUUUUCAUCUCUCAGAGAAAAUCCUUCUUUUCCUUUAAACAUUACUCAAUCUGAUCUAUCAAAGCGUCAAAAAGAAGAUUUAAUCGCCUAUAUUGGUGCUUAUUUACGAUGUGAAUCUUCUUUUGAUCAAAAAGUUGUAGAUGUAAUCAAGCAACUUCCAAUAUUUCACGAAGUGAACAAGAAUGAUACUUUAAGUAUUGAUUCAUUGGAUACAGAGGGAAAGAAGUAUUACCUACUUCCUAAAGAAGAUGAAUUAACAUGUGGACUUAUUAUUUCUCCUUGUGCAUUCUUGGAUGCUCAUACAUCUGAUGAUACUUGUUUUAUUCUUGAAAAUGUGAUCAAAGUAAAACGAUUAGAUCAAAAAGAAUAUUGGAAAGAACAUGUUAUUUCACAUUUAGGCCUUCAAUCACCUCGUAUUAUGGAUCAAGUGAUUGUAAAGCUUUUUGAGAGAUGGACACUAAUUAAACCUUUUCAUAGUCAACUUUCAAAAAUAGCAUUCGUUAAAACUUCUUCAGGUCGUAAAAAACCAAUCGAACUUUUUGACCCAGAAAAAAUUUGGAUAAAAGAAUUGUUCUUCUCGGAUGAACCAUUCUUUCCUGUCAGAAAGUAUCCAACUCUUGAUUACCUUUUUAAAUUAGGUGAAUUGGGAAUGAAAAAAUUGGUAACUAGUGAGGAUAUUAUUAAUCGAAUAGAAGUAUAUAAAUCAAGAAUGAGUCAGGAUCAAAUUGAUGAAGUACAUUCAAAAUCUCUUUCACUUUUGAAUUAUAUCGACAAUAAUUAUGUAGUUUUUAAAGAUAACAUCUCAUUUCAAGAAAAGAUUCGAUCAGAAAAAUGGAUUCCAACCAUUAACUCAAAUGCUCAACCUUUAUUUUCAAAAUCCUCAGAUUGUCGAGAUCGAUUGCAUGCAGACCUGGUUUCUUACACAUUACCAAUAGUUAAUAAUAAAAUAAUGAAUGAAAAUUUACGUCAAGUUCUCGGAUGGGAUAGUAUUCCUCCAACAGAGAUUGUAAUAAAUCAAUUAUUACAAUCAUUAGAAGUAUUGAAAAGAACAAAAAAAUUUAAUAUGUUUGAUUAUAAAAUUCGAGAUCAAAUUAAUUCAAUUUACAAACAUUUCGUUGAUAUAAUUAAUCAACCAGAUGGAUCUACUCAUUUAAACCUUUUAAAACAAGAAUUAUCAGGAAAAAAAUGGAUUUUAAAUGAAGAUAAACUUUAUCCGACAAAUAAAGUUGUAUUUUCUCUACCUAGUUUUAUACCUAAUGGUUAUUGGGUUCAAAUUUCACAUCCAAAUAAAAGAUAUUCAACACUUUUUGAAAAACUUAGUGUUAAAAAAGCACUUGAUACUGAUGAUUAUUUUCGAGUACUUUCUGAUGCAGAUUUUUCAGAUCCAUUACAAAAAAUUAGUGUAAUAGCUAUAAUUGAUAAAUUAUCAAAAACUGAAAAAGAUUUAACAGGAUUAUUAAUUCCAAAUAUGGAAUGUCAAAUGGUAGAUUAUAAAAUCGUUUUAUAUGAUGAUAUGGGUUCAAGGGUUAGUGAUUCAAUGAAAGAUUUUAACACUUUAGCACAUUCAGAAAUUUCAAAAGAUUUAGCAAAUAGAUUAAAGCUAAAACAUUUAAGUGAGACUUUCUUAGCAGAUACUAUGUUUAAUUUUGGGCAACAUGAAGAAUUGACUACAAGGUUGAAAAAUAUUCUUAGGGAUUAUAAUCGUAAAGAAAUAGUUUUUAGAGAAUUUCUUCAGAAUGCAGAUGAUGCAGGAGCCACCCGAUUUUGUGUUAUUCUUGAUGACAGUCAAUACUCAAAUAAAUCUUUAUUAAGACAAGAUACUAUGGAAAGUUUACAAGGACCUGCAAUAUGGAUAUAUAAUGAUGGACAAUUUUCUCAAGAAGAUUUUAAAUCACUUUGUAAUCUUGGAAAAAGUAGUAAAUGGUCACGACAUGAUAAAAUAGGAAAAUUUGGUCUUGGAUUUAAUUCAUGUUAUCAUUUUACAGAUUUACCACAAUUAAUAUCAGGAACGGAUGUAAUAUUUUUUGAUCCUCAAAAAUCAAUUCUUCCUAAUAAUAGUUCUGGUGCAAGAUUUAAUUUUAAGAAUUAUAAUGAAGAACAUGUCUUUAAGAAAUUUAAAGAUCAAUUUGAACCUUUUUUGAAAGUUAAAGGAUGUGGAUUCGACGUUGAUUAUAAUAGAGAAUUUAAAGGAACAUUGUUUAGAUUACCACUUAGAAAAACUAAAAGUUUAAUUUCAGAUGAAAUUGAUGAUAUUAAUAAGGUUAUGGAAUCAUUAAACAUCAUAAAGAAAGAUGCGAUGGCAGAAUUAAUUUUUCUUCGCAAUGUAAAAUAUUUUGAAGUAUUUAGAAAAUCCAGUAUUAGGAAGAAUGAUGAUCCAAUACCUUUAUGGAGAGUUGAAAUUACAAAAAAUGCAGAAAAUCGCAAGUUAUAUGGAAAAGAUUUACAAGUAUUUGAACUUGAUGUUCAGCUUGAACUUUUUGCUGAAAAACGGGUGUUAACUAUGUGUAACGAAAAUAACAUUAGCCUAAAUACAUGGGGUGGAAUAUCUGUCACCAUUCCUGAAUCACCUGAAAAUCCAUUAUUAGCAAAAGAAAUAGCACAGGAUGGAAAUUUUCAUGCAUAUCUUUUACUUUCUAUUCCUUCAGGACUUUCUGUAAACAUACAUGCAAGUGGUUGGUCUCUUUCAUCAGACCGAAGAAGUCUCGUAUUUGCAAGUGAUAAUCAAACUUGUAUUAAAAAUGAAGCAAAAGCAACUCAAAAUUUUAAAAUCUUGGACAAAGUUCUUCCAAAACUUCAUGUGAAGCUUUUUGAAGAAUAUAUAAAAAUAGAAAAACAGUCUAGAUCUAAAUUAUCAGUCAAUGCAAAUUUUCAAGGUAUUACACGAUUAUGGCCGAUUCCAGAAAAUAAAAAUGCGGAAAUUUUAAGAUAUGGGUUAAAGGUGAUCGAACUUGCAUCAGAAAAAGGAAGUAAAAUAUUUUGGUCAACUUAUAAGGAUGGUACAUAUGUUAAUUUCAAAGAAUGUGUCUUUGUAACUAAAGAAACACCAAAAGCAGUUGUUCACUUCCUUAAUGAGCAAGAAUAUCCAGCAGUUUUAAUGGAAGUUAAACGUUUAGAAGAAUUAGAAACGUUACAACCUCGAAAGGCUAGUCCAGAAUUUAUUAGAAAGAUUUUAAAAAAUAAUGAAAGUAUCUUACAUAUGCAAGAAGAACAUAUUUUCAUUAUAUUUCAUUAUAUUCUUGAAGAUAAAAAAUAUGAUGACCUUGAAGAUAUUCACAUGGUUCCAUUAUUUAAUCAUAAAUUUGGAAAAUUCCAAAACGGUAAAAUAUAUUAUAUUAGUACGAAAGAACAAUAUAAAUUAUUUCCUACGGCAGGACCAAACCAUUUUAUUCCUAUUGAAUUACUAAAAUCACGAAAAUUAAUAUCAAUAUUUUCGGAUGAAGAUUUUCGUAAAGGAACCAAUAUUAAAGAUUUUGGAGAGCCAACAGUUAAUCAUCUUUUACAUCAAGAAUUACAUAUUGAAUCAGAACGAGAUUGGGAACCAUAUGGUUCAUCGAUUCCAAAUAAACGAUGGCUUGAUGAAAUAUGGAAAUGUAUAGGUGAUAAACCUUAUAAACCGUAUACGUCAUUUCCUUUAUUAGAUGUUUAUGAUCCAAAUAACCCAAAUAAACAUCAACUCGUAAGCAUAAAAAAUAUAUUGACCAAACCUUUAAUAACACAUAGUGAUUAUUCAUCACCUUCAGAAAUCAUUCAUACAUUGGCAAAUAUUGGAAUUCGAUUUACUAAACGAUACGCUGGUUUCCAUCAACUUCCUAUUCAUUCACUAUCAGCAUAUUGGGUUUUAUAUGCUAUAAAACAAUACCAGUGCAUAGAAAAAAAUCGGUUUACCAAUAAAAAAGAUAGGGAGGUAUUGUGUCAGUAUUUAUGUAGAAACAUACGUAGAGUAUUGAAUGAGAGAUAUCAAUAUGAACCAUUGGGAAGUUUACCUAUAUGGCCAACACAUGUUAAAGAUUCAGAUGGAAAUACGAUAU